CAAUCACGUGUCGCAAAAGGCGGGCCCGCCACGGAGGGGGCAGGACGCGAGGUAUCAUGGAGGAUCAGCGAACAAACUGUGGCCAUCAGAGACGCGCAGGCGACGCUCUUGUCCCGGGGACUUUCCUCUCACGACACCGCCCAACUGCUCCCUCGUCGCCGACUACAUAUUUCACAAUGGACAUGAAGAAGAGGAUCAUAUUGGAGCUGCGGAACCGAGACCCGGCAGAGGUGGCCGAGAUGUUGGUGGACAACAGCCCCUCGGAGAGUGGCGAAGUGGAAGGUCUGUCAGACAAGUUUGUCGAGCUGGAGGUCCUCAGUAUGAUCAACGUGGGUCUAAAUUCACUGGCCAAGCUGCCAUCGCUGCCCAAACUGCGCAAGCUGGAGCUGUGUGACAACAACCUGUCGGGUUCUUUUGAGACCUUGUCGGAAAAAUGUCCCAACCUGAUCUACCUCAACCUUAGCAGCAACAAGAUUAAGGAGCUGAGCAACCUGGAGGCCCUGCAAAACCUGAAGAACCUUCAGAGUCUGGACCUGCUGAACUGCGAGAUCACGUCGCUGGAGGAUUACCGCGACAGUGUGUUCGAGCUCCUGCCUCAGGUCACCUACCUGGACGGCUUCGACCAGGAGGAGAACGAGGCGCCCGAUUCGGAGGCCGACGAAGAAGAUGAGGACGGCGAGGAUGGGGCAGGGCCGACCGGCGACUACGAUGACGAGGACGACGAGGACGAGGACGGCUCGGAGGGAGGAGAGGUGGGGCUGAGCGUUCGUGGGAAGAGGGCCACGCAUCAGGAGGAGGAAGAAGAAGACGACGACGAGGAGGAAUAUGGUGAGGAGGAGGAAGAGGAAGAUGAGCGGGCGGACACUCAGGGACAAAAGAGGAAGAGAGACGUGGAGGACGACAGCGAGGACGACGAAGACGACGAGGAAAACUAGCCGUGCUGUCGUUGCCCGUGUGCGUGCGUUUCCCGUCCUACGCUAGACGUCGCCCCUUCUAGCUCUGCCCACCUCCUUCGAAUGGGGUUGCAAAGGGGAAAGCAUUUCUCUGGAAAUAAUCCAAAUUUGAAACUUUUCAUGGGAAUUAAUUGGGAUUUGAAUUGUUUGGUUGGUUGCUUUUCCGUUUUAUUUGUUUUUUGGGUGGGUGCGCAACGGCCAAUCUAAAAAAAAAUUGAAAGCAAUCGUUAAAGUACAGUGAUCCAAGUUCCCUCCACCCACCACAACAGAUUGACAAAUUCACCGAAUGGUUGGCAAGAAAUGUUUUUUUUUCCCCUGUUCAGUCCAAAGCAAUGUUGAAGCUAUCUUGUGGCAUCAUUAGGCAAUUGCAAAGCAUUUCGCUCUUAGCAGCAAGGUUGGGACCCUGUCUCCCGCUAAUUGUAGUAACUUGUUGGAGUCGGUAUUAUGCUCAAAUAUAUUUUAGCCUGUAAGUGUUUCUUAUUGUCAGGGGUGGGAGGUGAGGUGUGUCCGCAAAUAGCUUUCCGCUUGCCUAUACGAUUUAUACGAUUUAUAUUUACGACCCGAUGGACAAUUUAGAAAUGAGGGUCGACACCCAAGUUUGAUUUGAUUUUUUUAAUAGACAAAAUCCGUGCAUCUUUUAGUAUGACAUGUGGCCUGAGCAUCAAAACAACUAAGAGCUUCUAAACUAAUGAUGGACGAUACAUUUAGGGGGGGGGGAGACCUUGCUGAAUCUGUGAAUUUGCAAAGGCCGCGCCACAAAUAUGGGGUGCAUAUUGAGCCAAUCCUCAAUUGCGUACAUUAAAAGAAAUCGUUCUGCUUUGCUGAAUCUGUUAAUCCCCUUGAAAACUUUGAAUCACUUUGCAACCCUACUUCCUGUUUGUCUGCAACCCAGCUGAACUCCACUAGGGUCCGCCACAUGCAAGAUGGCGGCCACGUUGGCUUUGGGAUCUUCUGGAAUUUUUGCUGAAGGCAUCCAACUAAAUUGGGACUGUUCAUCGAUCCUCGCUUUUGCCCAUUAGUGAUGACAUUGCCAACUUUUAAGGGACACAUUAUUAAAAAGAAAAAGACUUUUUGAGCACAAAAAGUUAUCUGAUCGUUGAGGACGUUGAUUUUUGUUUUUUCGUUUUUAUUUUUCCAACACAAACCAAAGUCGGUGCACUUCAGAGCGCCCCCUUCAGGACUCCUUGUGUUUGUGGAUCAGGAUCUUCCUCCUCCGUUUUAGCCCGAUGAUCACAUGACUCUCCUGCCCCGCCCACCUUUUAGAAAUAUGCAGACCACUGUAAGCUCCUCCUUAUACUUAUUAUUCCGUGUGUGUGUGUGUGUUUUAUUGUAGCUUUUUACACGCUCGGUGACUUUUUUGUUUGUUUGAUUUCUUUUUGGGGGGAGAGGGUGGGUCAAGUGAUGUGAAAUAUUCCAAUAAAGUUCAAGUCCGGUCGCUAUUAAAACAUUGUGGGAUAAGGGAAAUCAACAUUUUUAAACGAAUUGAUGACAAAGCAAUAUUUAUAGAUUUUUACAAAGAUAAGGUUGCUUUCUUGUGAUCGGCCGAUUAAUUUAGUUAUUACCUUGUCGUUUCUCUCACUGACAUCCAAAUAAAUGUGCGUGCGUUUUUGUGUGUCGGUGUGUGUUUGCCGCUUUGAACAUUUAUUACAAAAAAAGGAUGGAAUAUUUGUGUACAUACGUUUUUACGCUCUUCAGGUCUGAUAGAAAAUGAAAAUAAAGUCAUUUAGUUGA